AUGACUGAGUCUUCUCAAUGUGUCGCCUCGGCGUGCUCAAACUUCUCCGUCGUUAACAAGGUCCGUUCACCCAAGCCAAGUCACUUCUUUGCUUCUUGCUCUGUACUUUUGAAGAUGCCUGGCGUACGGUGUCCAAAUUGCGCUACGAAGGGUCAAGAAGUCUGGGUCAUUCCCGGCAAGAGUUGCCAUAUAUGCCACACUCCUUGUGCAUGAAGGGACCAUGCUUCUUCCCCCAUGGCAGGCUGGGAGACAAGGAGCUUUCCCACGGCAGAGCUUCCUCUCUUCAAGGCGUUUGGUGGCGUUAGCGCGGCGUCCAUAUGGCGUUUCGGCUCUCUUUUUUCGGAGUUCUCGUGUAUACGAUCGAAGCUCCCCACUGAAGAGGCACGUGGUGGAUGGGAUCAGGUUUCAAUGGCCUUCAAACAUCAGCCAGGAUGCGUACUGAGCCCACUGUAUAUUGUUUCGCAAACAGGGCGAGAUUGCGCUGCUUUCCACUGCUAUCAUGAGCGUUGGGAUGCACUUAACGACUGAUGACUUGCCUCUUGACUGCGGCUUUUUUAUGUACUUCUGAUUACAAAACACUGAAUGAUUACAAAACACUGAAUAAGAC